AGUCGACAUGAUCCUCAAUGGAGACAGCAGCGUUAGGAAUCAAUUUGUCUACAACAUCUAUGACGACCACUAUGCUGCAGCUCUCAGGUGGGGAGACCUGAAGUUGAUGGUUGGUAACCCUGGAUACUCGGGAUGGUACCCUCCCGCUGGUUUUGACUUCCCAAUCAUGGAUGACACUCCCCUCCCCAGUGUCAUGCUGUACAAUAUCAGCGCCGACCCAACAGAGCACCAGGACAUUUCCAAGGACAACCCCGACCUUGUCAACUUCCUGCUGCAGAUGCUGGCCCGGAAGAAUGGGACUCGGGUGCCUGCAAUGGACCCACCCUCUGACCCUCGAUCUAACCCAGUCAACUUCAACGGUAGCUGGAGCCCCGGCUGGUGCUAGAAACUACUUCGAUAUAGUCACGUGACGUGAUUAUUUUGUAUCUGAUUUGCUUGAUUAUACGUAAUUCCUGUCUAAAACCGGAUCAUGUAGAAACAUAAUGUCGCAUUUAGGAAUAAACUGAUGCAUUCCUCUCUGGAACUGUGAUAUAAAUCUUGUUUGAAAAUUAAAUUGUCAGUCUACGAU